AUGCGAAACUCGUUUAGCGGCGUUCUCAUACUUCUUGCAUUAGUAUUUCAAGUAGAUGGUAAAGCAUUAACAGAUGCUUCUCUUGCCGAAGUCAGUCCGGCCCAAGAUCCAACAGGAAGUGCUGCUGUAAACAGCCCUAUUCUACAAAAUGCACCAAGCUCAGGCAAAAAAGGAUUGACAUUUGUUAAAGAAGCUCAUUUAGUCGAUUUUGGUAUUGAUCUUGUUGGUUGUCGUAAUUGGUCUGAUCCAAAUGGAAUGAAUUGUGAUGCUUAUGUAGGAGACACUGACUGUAAUCAACUUCGUCCAGUUCUGUGUGCCAAAGUAGAUAAUACACCUCGUCCUGCAUAUGUUGUUCCUCCAACUACUGGAGUAAUGACUCCAGCUUACUAUGCUGGUUGGAAUCUUGGUCAUAUAACAACUACUGUACCUGUAAAAGGUUCACAAUUUUAUAACCGAGCGGCUGUUGAUGACUAUUGUGCACAAUCAUUUGGUGUUGGUUGGCGUGUGGCUCUAUUUGAUGACGGAUUUUUCAUUUCAGGAAUGAAUCUAACUACAUAUUCAGGUAGUGCUUGGACACAAAAUGCCAAGAAUCAACAACGUGGUGGAUGGCAUUUUUAUUCAUAUGGGGAUGUUCGAAAUGACAUUCGAUUCUGGGUUCAUAUCAGAGAUCAACCAUCUACCUGUUGGCAACAAUAG